AAAGAGAAACAACACACAAAAAAAGCCAGCCCCCAAGUAAAAGUGACACAAGUUCGAUUUUUUUUUUUUUUUAAGGAAGGGGGGGCGGCGAAGGCGCGCGCGGCGGACAGGUGAGAGCAGCAGCGGGAGCCGCGGGGCGCUGUCCGCGGUGCUGACGGCCCCCGGCGAGGCCGAGUGCGCACGCAGGCUCUCCGGGGCCAGGUGGAGCGGCAGGAUCCGCAGGCCGCGGCCGCUGUCCGCGGUGCUGAGGCCUCCAGGUGCGCUCUGUUCGGCCCGCUGGUAGCGCGGCCCGGGCCGGCUGCCCUCCGCCGUGCUGACCCCUGCCCUCGGCCACCGUUUGUUUGCCUGGAGGGAGCGUGCGGUUUGGAUUUUGCUUUUUUAAAAAGACGAUCUUGAUUCAGAUUCCAACAGCCUCGAAUUUCUUCUGUGCCAAAGGGGCCCUCAGGCCGUUCUUCUACCUUUUGGCUCUCCCCAACUUGGCGCGCCCUCCUCCCAUCCCUCCCUGACACUCCCACCACCACCACCCCCCCUCUCGGCUCGGCUGCUCCGCGCGGUGCUGCAGAAGACGCGCUGAACCCUUUUGGAUGUAAUGCGCAGAGGAGGUUGGCCCAGAGCUCCCGGGCUCCCCCAAGGCUGAACUCCGUCCAAGGUGCCCACAGGCUCCCUGCCCGCCUUCCCCAUGCCAGCCCGCAGCUAGGGGCAGGGGCAGCGGCGGCUGGGGUUGGGGGUGGGUGGGGAGCUUUUGGGGAGGACAGGUCGCAGUUUGGCUAUGGAAGGCUCCAAUGGCUUUGGGAUUGACUCCAUUCUCUCCCACCGAGCGGGCAGCCCCGCCCUUCCCAAGGGGGACCCCUUGCUUGGGGACUGCCGUUCACCCCUGGAGCUGAGUCCGCGCUCAGAGAGCAGCAGCGACUGCUCUUCGCCAGCCUCGCCGGGAAGAGACUGUCUGGAGACCAGUACCUCGCGGCCCGGUGCGGCAUCUGGCCCAGGUUUGGAUUCUCACCUGCAGCCGGGGCAGCUUUCCGCCCCAGCCCAGUCGCGAACCGUCACCUCCUCCUUUCUGAUCAGGGACAUCCUUGCUGACUGCAAACCUCUCGCGGCCUGUGCACCCUACUCUAGCAGCGGGCAGCCUGCAGCCCCUGAGCCUGGGGGCCGCCUUGCGGCCAAGGCCGGGGAGGACUUUCGGGAUAAGCUGGACAAAAGUGUCAGCAGCGCCUCGUCGGACUCUGAAUACAAAGUGAAGGAGGAGGGUGACCGGGAGAUCUCCAGCUCUAGGGACAGUCCCCCUGUGCGCCUGAAAAAGCCACGAAAAGCGCGCACCGCCUUCACUGACCAUCAGCUGGCGCAGCUGGAGCGUAGCUUCGAGAGGCAGAAAUACCUGAGUGUGCAAGACCGCAUGGAGCUGGCUGCCUCGCUCAACCUCACUGACACGCAGGUCAAGACCUGGUACCAGAACCGCAGGACUAAAUGGAAGCGACAGACGGCCGUGGGGCUGGAGCUGCUGGCGGAAGCAGGCAAUUACUCUGCGCUCCAGAGAAUGUUCCCGUCGCCUUAUUUCUACCCUCAGAGUCUCGUUUCCAACCUGGACCCCGGUGCCGCGCUCUAUCUGUACCGCGGCCCCAGUGCGCCACCGCCUGCCCUCCAGAGACCUCUGGUGCCCCGCAUCCUCAUCCACGGACUCCAGGGCGCCAACGAGCCGCCCCCGCCGCUGCCCCCGCUGCCCGGCGUCCUCCCGCGUGCCGCGCAGCCUCGGUGAGGGGCCCUCUUGCCCCUAGCCAUGCUGGGGGGGGGGUCCCCCAGCUCAGGCUGGGCGCGGGUCCCUCCGGUCGCCCCGGGGCAGGGCUGCCCGGCUCCCCGAGGUGCCGCAACCUAGUGUCUCCGAGGGGGAUAAAUCCCUUGGCUGCGUCCUCUCUCCUGGCUGCUCCACCCCAGAGCCACUUCCACCUGCAGGAUGUACAUACGCACCCCUGCCCACCUCCCACCCAACCCCAAGUCCCUGCGGGCUUCCCUAAGUGUCUCCUGUCCCCUCAGCAGCAGGUCAGGGGACGCCGGUGACUGGCUCUCUCCGGUGCCCCAGCCUCGGGUCCACCCUUCUCCCUGCGCCUCUGCGGGACAGGGUGGGAGUGUUGUACGGAGCUUUCCCCCAUCUCCUUUAUUCUCCCUGAGCCCCGGGCUAGCGGCAGAGCUGUACAGUGUGCAAAGUGUAUAUGAAGUUAUUUAUUCGUGACCCAUGAGCCCGUGACAGUGUCCGUGAAUCAGUGAGUCUGUGGCCUGUGCCCUCUUCGUCCUGGGUGGGGCAGGAAGGGGCAGAGAGGGCUUGCCCAUGCAUCUGGGCCCCCAGCCCCACUUCCCUUCCACCCAGGUCCCGGGGCAGCCAGGCUUCUUGGGUUCUCUUUUUUAAAUGUGGAAAUAAACUUCUUACAAAUGACCAGGCGCCUGUCCGCGCUACCGUCCGUUGGUCCCCGCUCAGGCCCUCUCCCACCUCCCUCCUUCAUAAGAAACUUCGGCAUCUUACACUAACUACAUUUCCUUCCAUUCACAAAAAGUAAAGUUUUCUCUCCCUCUUGCCCCGCUCCACGGUUCCUGGGUGCUAUGGUCAUACGCAGAUCCCUGUUGGACUUCCAGGGCUCUCCCGGUUUCCACGUGGAGGCGAGCCUGUAGCUCUUGGCCUCCCCAUCUGAUUCGCCCUGCUUCCACACGGGGACCACGGGCGAGGCCAGCGCCUGGCCUCCCUCUGCGGCGUGUCAGGCCUCGAAGCACUCGUUGAGCCGACUCAUCUGGCUCAGACUAGGGCGCCGGCAGCUGGUGACCGGCCCUACGGGCGCGGGGCAGACAGAUGGACUCCGAAGCCGCCCCCUGUUGCCCCACCCUCCUCCGCCCGGCGCCCUCCGCUCUGGCUACCCGCAGCUCCUAGUCUCUAAUGCCUGGUAGGACCCCACGGGCCUUCACGAGCUUGACGCCACAUCAGGCAACCGCUUUGCCCUGGGAGAAAUAGGAGCGGGGUAGGGGGCAGAUCGCACCACCCGCCUCUGGCUCUGAGAUCUCAGGGGAGUCAGGCUCCAGAUCGCGUUCAAAGGGCCAAGGUCAUAUCUUGACCUCGUUCGGUCUCCAGGGAUGUGGGCGCAGGUGCUGCCCUCCCCCACACCACCUGCAGCACACUGACCAACAAGAUGGAAGAAAUGCCGGGAAGUUUGGAUGCUUGCAAGCAAAGUACCCUCCCAGCAUUUCUGGCCCAACUGUUCUGGGAGAAGACCUGGCAGUGGAGGAAGGGGGCGAUUCAGAAAGUAACCCCCGCCCCGCAACCACAGCCAGUUCGGCUACUGUUUCCUCCCCACCCCCAGCAUCCUCACACCCAGGCUUUUCUUUUCUGGGAUGGUGGGGGUAUUAUUCUAAUUUUGCAAAAUGCACAGCAGCUAAUUAAGUCAAGGAGCCCCUCGGCUUUCAAGUUCUUUUGCAUGUGAAUGCGGGUUGGUAAAUCCCUCGAUCUGGCUGUGGUGGGGUGUGAGGGGGGACUGUCCCCAACUCAGGGUUAAUGAAGUGGGAAAGGAGUCUCUCAUAGCCUCCUGCAAACAAAACCCCCCAAGCAACAAACCCUGCCCAAAUCCUACACGGAUUGACUUAAACCCAGGGGAUAAGUGCUUUAAAUUAAUCUCAUUGAAUAAGAAUGAGACCAAACAAAACUCUUUAAAAUCAUAUUAAAAAUCUAUCAAAGGA